AAAAAUAUGUUUGAACAUAGAUAUUUAACUGACGAAGAAAUUGAGGAUUCGAAUAACGAAGAAAGUGGUAAUGAAUUGGAUUCAAUUCAACUUCGAUCGGAUGAAUUUCGUGCUGAAACACGAAUUAUUCAUAAAAAAUGCUUAAAUUGUGGGAAUUUUAGGACUAAUUUUGCAUGGUGUCAAUCUUGUGAAACUACUUGGUUCAAGGAAAAAUAUUCUAGCUGGACCACUAGUAAUUUGCAACUUGAUUUAAUUAUACAAAAAAGUCAAGCAGAAGCAAGUAUAAGCGGCGAUUAUCUUGAAUAUAUUCCUUACGAUCAAUUUGAACUGGUUGAAUUCCACAAAGAUGGCGCAUUUAGUGAAAUCUAUUCUGCUAUUUGGUUAGAGGGACCUAAGUGGGAUUGGAACGAAAACACUCAAGCUUGGUCUCGGGGUGGACCAAUAAAAGUUGCGCUGAAAAAACUUAAAAAUUCUCUAAACUUGAGCAAACAAUUCUUGGAAAAAUUACGAAAAUAUCAUCAUUGUCUCCAAUCAGGCAGUGUAGCUGAUACAUUUGGUAUUUCAAAAGAUCCAGAAAACAUUCAUCGAUCUAAUCUCUAUCAUGGAAAUUUACACGGUGGCAAUAUAAUGAUUGAAGAUGAAUCAAUCUCGACUGAUGGAAGAAUAGCUGAUAUAGGAAUUCAUGGAUCAGUUGAUACCCCAUAUAAUAAUGAACUACCAACAGCAAUCGAAUUGAAUGAAACAUUUAGCGAUUGGAUAACCGAUAUAUGUGACAAUCCAAUAUCGACGGGAAUCAGUGAGGAAUUUAAUAUUGCUGAAGAAAGAAGUUGUGAAAAUUUUCAAAUACAGAAAAAUGCAUCACAAGAAACUCAUAAAGAUGCAUUUUAUACCAGUCGAUUUUUUAAUUUUCCAGAGCUUAGAGGAAAAUUUGAAAAACUCGAUUAA